AUGUGUAGUCAAUUUUCCAUGCAUUCAGGUACGAUGGAUGAGAAUCGGUUUGUUGCUUGUGCUGCUGCAAUAAGUGCAAUUAUGACGGUGUGUUUAUUGUUAAAAAAGAACAAAAAGAAACGACGCCUUUGGGUGAGGCCCUGGAUUGCUCGACGUGAACAACAAGGAAUUCAUCAUACCUUGCUUCGAGAACUACAAUUUGAAGAUUUAAAAAGUUACAUCAGCUAUUUAAGAAUGGAUGAAGAUAGCUUCAAAUUUAUAGCGUCGAAGAUAUCACCAUUAAUUUCCAAACAAAACACACACUUGAGAAAUUGUAUUAGCGUAGAGGAACGUCUUAUGGUGACACUUCGUUUUCUAGCAACAGGGGAGAGUUAUAGAAGUCUACAAUAUAGCAGCCGUAUACCACAAUGCACACUGUCAGGCAUAAUCCCAGAGACAUGUGAAGCUAUUUACCAAGCGUUAAAGGGAGAUUUUCUGAAGGUACCCAGAAUCGAGAAAGAAUGGUUAGAUAUUGCAAAGGACUUUGAAGAUAAAUGGAAUGUGUUCAAUACAAUCGGGGCGAUGGAUGGAAAACAUGUACGCAUUACCUGUCCAGAUAAAGGAGGAUCCCAUCAUUUUAAUUAUAAAUCUUAUCAUAGCAUUAUUUUGUUCACACUUACGGAUGCCAACUAUAAAUUUAUCUACAUAGAUGUGGGGACAAAUGGUCGAAUUGGUGAUAGUGGCGUGUAUAAUAAAAGCAAACUUAAAAAAUGCCUUGCAGAUAACUCUAUUUUGAACAUACCUGCUGGUAAAAAUCUUCCGGGCGCUAAUAUUGCUACACCUUAUGUUGUCUUGGCAGACGACGCCUUUCCACUAAGUUACAAUGUUAUGAAACCUUACCCAUUAAAAAAUAUAACCAGAGAAGAAAAGAUUUAUAACUACCGAUUGUCUCGCGGAAGAAGAAUUGUUGAAAGUAGUUUUGGAAUAUUGGCAAGCCGGUUCAGGGUAUUUUUAACUACAAUCAAUUUAUGCCCUGAAAAAGUCACAAAGAUUGUACUUGCAGCCUGUACCAUACAUAAUUUGUUGAUUGACCGAAGAAAACAUCUGUAUACUUGCCAUGAGAUUAUUUCUAGAAGUAGGAAAGGACACACAUUUUUAGACGUUUUAAGUCAUGAAGAACUUCAAGAAUUGCAAACUCUAACCACUCAAACUCGUACUGUAGGGAAUCGCCAUGGUCGCGAAAUAAGGGAAAAUUUUAAAAUAUUUUAUAAUGGUGCUGGAAAAGUACCAUGGCAAGAAGAAUAUGCUUAAUUUU